AUGGUGCUGCUAGAAGCCGCGCGCCUCACAGGUGAUGCACGCGAGGAUGUCAGUGAAUGUGAAGACAGCGACGAGGAGAGCACAUCUUGUGCUGUGAGCAGUAUCCUCUCCAUCACAACAGCGACCUCCUCGGCGUCAGAGCCCGAGCCUUCCACGCCGAAGUUCGGCUCGAAGGCCAAACCGCAAGCCGCCAUCACUGAGGUCUUGGAGGUUGAUUGCCGCCUUCUUGACCAACAGUUUUCUGCUUGGCUGCCUUUCCUCCAGGAGCAGAUGGUCUUUGGUGAUCGCAGUGCGGCGGCUGUUGCCGAUGGCUUGUCCUCUGCUCUGCGACACCUGUGGGCCUUCAUCUGUCGUGUAGCGGACGACGAAGUCCCUGAGGCUCCGCUGGAGGCUUCGCAAGCUGCCGAACGGGCGCUAGCGAUUGCAAGCCAAGACGCCAGCCACAAGAUGUUGCGGGAGAGCCUGGACCGUCUGGUUGGAGAAUUCCUCUCGCGCAUGCAGCAAGCGGUUGAGGACUGGCUCCAGAUGACAGACCCGGGUGCCGAAGACCUAAGUCACCUGUCGCAGUGGCUGCUCUUCGAGGCGCGGCCAGCGAUCAUUUAUUUCUGCGACGCUGCCGAGUCCUUUGCAGGACGGUUGGACCGCAGCCGGACAGUCUACGACUCUUUGGAGAAGCUCUCGCUUCGCGAAUGGGAGUCCAGGAGCUGUGAAGAGUCUGCAGCCCUGUUCGCACAGAUCUUCGAAGGGUAUGGCGAGGCUGUUCCGGAUGUGGCAUCGGCUCUGCGGCGCCUGGGUGCCGCUGCGGCGCUGUGGCGGCGCUGGCGUGGCCAUGCUGAGGCCACGGAGCGUGCUGCCUCAGUGCUGGUCGCUAGCCUCAAUGCCGCACUCCGUUCGCAACGAGCUGCUGCUCAGCCGCUACGGCAGGAGGUGCAGAUGUUCAUUCGUACUCGGAAAAGGCGUCGUUCCUUUCGGCGCACUUUGCAAGACUUCCAGAAAAUGGGAGCAUGCGGUGAGAAGUCUCACGACUGCUCGGAGGAAGUGCUCCACCAAGCGCUGCAGGACGCUGUGCAGCUCGGCAGCUUCUGCCGCAGCGCAGCUGCGGAGCCUGGAUUCUGGGCCUCCGAGACGACCACAGCGAUGUGCGUUGAGGUACUCUCGUCUUUUGCCAAGGCGUUCGAGUCGGAGGUUUCUUCGUUGGCUGAGGCCUUGGUGUCCGUGCAUGCGACGAAUCAUGGCGACGAUGUCAGGAUACAGAGGUUUAGCACGGGAGAGGAUGCAGGCGUCCUGACGCAUGCCGCGCGUGGCUGGGCUCGAUUCUUGGACACCUUGCCUGGUAAUGUCACACUGCAGCCUUGUCGGCGGGCAGCGGUGGCGCUGAUGGCCAACACCUGGACCCAGCACUUAAUUCGAUUUCCCCCGCGAGGAUGGUCUGCUGCGAGGAUGCUGUCAGUCUUGCAGGCAGAUGAAGCUGCAGUGAUGCACGUGCGAGGCGAGCGAGGCGAGGCAGGUGCUCCGGAAGUCGAAAGCUUUCUGGCAGUGCUCUCUGCACUGCGUCGGAUUCUGAGAAAUGGAAAGGCGGAGUGGAAGGACUUAGCAAACGCAGAGGCAGAGCUUCAAAGAUUACUCGAUGAGGAUACUGGAAGGGCUGUGGCCCAAGCGUUUUGGCAGGCAGUGAGCCAGUAG